AUGUCAGUCACGCUGUCUCAUUCCAGUCCAUCAUCCAUCUGUCCAGCACAUCCACCAAAGCCUUCCCCCAAAGCAAAAACCUGGAGACCUCUCAACGCCCACUUGAUCAGGGUUGAAAAAAUCCAUCCCUUUUCAGCAGUGCCUGAGGCGCUGGUCUUGGUCUUCAUGAUCCUCCUGACAGUUGCUGCUUUUUUGUGUGUAGAUCUGGCUUGGGAGGUUCCAGGGACUCCAUUCUCUUCAAUCUGGGAAGCGUUCCUCAGGGAGGUCCUUUCUAUUUUGACCGACAUUGCGAUCUACGUCCAAGAAGAGUCUGACGAUAAGGAUGCCCUCUCUGUCUAUGACCUUGAUGCAGUGAUGCGAGCGAUCAACUUGCUAGCAGAUGAUCUUGAGAUGGUUGCAGUAUGGAGAAUACAUCCAGCGCCCGUAUCAACAGUGGCCGGCUCGUGA